CUCAUUCCUAGGCUGUUCCAACAACAACAAAAACAAAAAACCAAACCUGACGAAACAGUGAGAAAGGAUUCAAAGGAAAGGAGUCAUGGAAUAUACCAACAUGGAAUAUACUCACACGGAAUGUACUGACACAGAAAUCCCUCAAAAAGAAGCCAUGGAUCACUUUAUUGGUGGGAAUAAAAGCAAAAAACAGUUCGACUACUUUGUUAUAAUUGACUUUGAAGGAACGUGUGGAUUUCUAAAAAACCCAUGUCAUAUCAAAGGUGGAAUACAAGAAAUAAUUGAAUUCCCUGCCAUUUUACUAAAUGGUCACAAUGGAUCCAUCGAAGAUGAAUUCCAUUCCUUCUGCCGACCAGUACUUAACCCGUCAUUGACAAACUUUUGUAAAAAACUUACAGGAAUCACACAGGAUGCUGUUGACAAAGCUCCAUUAUUCAAGGACGUAUUUGUCUCAUUUGAAGAAUGGUUGAAGAAAAACAAGGUUAUUGGCUCGUACUAUUCAUCCGCGGUUGUGACCGAUGACCCUAACGACAUUCGUCAAUUUCUACAGAAGCAGUGUAGGAUUUCAGAAAUAGAUUUUCCAACAUACUGCCAGAAUUGGAUAAAUAUUAAGAUCAUUUUCGCUCAUUUCUACAAAAAUGGCAAUAUGGAAUGUCUGUCCCUAAAAAAUAUGAUUCGGGACAUUGGAUGUGAAUUUCAAGGAAGAGCUCAUAGCGGCAUAGAUGAUGCCCGAAAUAUUGCUUCAAUUGUUCAGCGUCUUUUGGCGGACGGAGCGCUCUUAACGUUCAAUGAAAAGUUAGUUGUCAAUCGAGCCAAGAAAAUUAAAAUAAGGCACAAACAACAGGCACAAACACCCAAACAAGGCGGAACAAAAACCAACCCAUCCACCCAAGCUAACCUAGUUAAGAUAAGGAAUUUGAAAGUCGAAACUGCUGUGAGUAGCCAAGUAAGUAUGGAGAUACCUUAAAUCAAACACUUAGCAUGCCCCUGGCAACCCUAACCAAAAUAGUUUUGAAUAUUUAACAUGAAAGCCAAAUUACUAUCAAUGUUACUAAUUCCUUGUGAUUUUUUAGAGUUUACAAGCUGCAGCCCAAGCUGCUGCCCAAAUCAAUGCCCAACUAGCUGCAGAAGGUAAAA